AGUGAUGUACAAUCACAUAGCACACGAAAACAAAGACGGUGAAAACAUUGUCAGUAUUAAGAAGAGAGAACAGAAAAGCAUGUAUGCGCACGCCUAAGAAUGAAAAAGAUAGUAAGAGGGUGCAAAGGAGGGAGAAUAGAGGCGUGCUGCAAGCAGUACGAUAGGACGUAGAACGGCCGCUGCCGUGGUGUUUGGGCUCGGCUCGGUUGUGCCGCAUCCGUUAUGACGAUACGAUAAUCCAGCGCUUAGCGCUGUGACCGUGUUACUUGCCAUUAUUGACAUUUAUAUUUUAUGAAAAGUUCAGAAAGAACGUGAUGGAGGUUUAUUGUUUUCUAAUUUGAUUGGUAGACUGUUUCUUCGUUGAUCGUUAGAAUUCAUUUAUACGCCAUGUGCCAUUGCUCUACGUGUAUUUCCUUUCUCCCUGGAUCGUACUCGGUUAAAUUUUCAUAAAAAUAUUCUUGUAACAAGUUUGCCGGUGAAUUAUUUUAAUAAAAAUUUCUAUUAGUGAUCCUGGUGUUUUGUGUUAGUGUAAGUGCAACGAGUAAUUUUUUCUUUUUAUACUUUUAAAUUUUUAUACGGCUUAAAUUGGAAGUCAAAAUAAGAACAAUAACGGGAGGAAUAGAAAAGAGGAUAGACGGUGGAUUUGCUGAGUUUAAGUAGGAAAGAUAUCUCAUAAGGAGCGCAAGUGGCGUAUCAAGAUGGCGCAUAAUUUGGCACCGAGCGUCAACUGUUCGCUCGACGACAUUGAUCUGAAUGCUUUGAAAGAACCUGCAGGUAUCUUCGAAUUAAUUGAAGUUGUUGGAAAUGGAACUUAUGGUCAAGUCUAUAAAGGUCGGCAUACCAAAACUGGUCAAUUGGCGGCCAUUAAGGUUAUGGACGUCACAGAGGAUGAAGAGGAAGAAAUCAAAUUAGAAAUUAAUGUAUUAAAAAGGUAUUCGAAUCACAGAAAUAUAGCAACGUAUUACGGUGCCUUCGUGAAGAAGUCAUCACCAGGAAAAGAUGAUCAGUUGUGGUUGGUUAUGGAAUAUUGCGGAGCUGGCUCCGUUACAGAUCUGGUCAAGUCAACUAAAGGCCAGAGUUUAAAGGAGGAAUGGAUUGCGUAUAUAUCGCGGGAAAUAUUGAGAGGACUUAGUUAUCUUCACAGCAAUAAAGUUAUACACAGGGAUAUUAAGGGGCAAAAUGUUCUGUUAACCGAUAAUGCUGAAGUUAAACUUGUUGAUUUUGGCGUUAGUGCACAAUUAGAUCGGACAAUAGGUAGGAGAAAUACAUUUAUUGGAACGCCAUAUUGGAUGGCUCCAGAAGUAAUAGCCUGUGAUGAAAAUCCUGAUGCUACAUACGAUAAUAGAAGUGAUCUUUGGUCAUUGGGAAUUACCGCUUUAGAAAUGGCCGAGUCACAACCUCCACUUUGCGAUCUUCAUCCGAUGCGGGCUUUAUUUCUGAUCCCACGUAAUCCACCGCCAAGACUUAAAUCGAAAAAGUGGGCGAAGAAAUUCCACGGUUUUAUUGAAACGGUUUUAGUAAAAGAUUAUCAUCAAAGGCCGUAUACGGAACAACUCCUUAAACAUCCGUUUAUUCGGGACCAACCAACGGAAAGACAAGUUAGGAUACAGCUUAAAGAUCAUAUUGAUCGCUGUAAAAAGCGUAAACAGGAGAAAGAAAGAGACGAUUAUCGGUAUAGUGGUAGCGAGAAUGAAGAAGAUGAACCAGCGUUAGCUGGUGAAGCGUCAUCCAUUGUUCAAGCACCUGGUGGUGAUACAUUGCGUAGGAAUUUCCAGCAAAUUCAGGAAGGUAGAACUUUAACUCAAGAAGUAAAUCCUCAACCACCUGCUGCUAAAGAAAAACCCAGUAGCAGAGCUCAAAGAGAUAUACCAGAGCCAGGACCACCCGCACGACCUGCCAUUCCGCACAGAUUAAUCGUAGUUCCAGACCCACAACCACCGUCUCGGCCAUUGCCUCCGACACCUAGAGAUGAUCCACGACAACCUCAUAAAGUUUCGACACCACCCUCUAAUCAUCAACCUCUUAUUGGUGGAGGCGGUAGUGGAGGAUCCGGUGGACAAUCGGCAUCGCAAAGAAACAGUCAUGUUUUCAAACCUAUGCUGCCUCCAAGGAAACCAGAGGACUUGGACAUGCUGGCCGCUCAACUCAACGAGCUUGGUGUGUCGCAGGGCCCAGAGGCCCCGCCAAGGCCAAACAGGCAGCACAAGGCUCCAUCAUCAACGUCGAAUUCCGGUCAGCCUGCGAGCAGUAAUGACCAAAACAAUAAACAAAUGCCACAGUCUUCCAGUAUACUCGAUCAAGCUUUAUCCGUUGAAAGCGAUAGUGAUGAUGACCUCGAAGAUGCAGGAGGAAAUAACGCGAGGAACGAUGGUACAUUACUCGCCAGUGAUCCACCAAAACCUUUACCAUCCGCGGAUCCAUCGUCGACAUCGUCGCACAAUGCUCAGAACUCGCACCUCGAAGGGGGAGCACCGAAUCGGCCACUUCCACCGACCCCCGACGAAGAAGAAUCAGGAGAUCGUACGCUAGUCAUGAAACGGGUAAAACUUAGUCAGAUGUCAGACGAUCGCACGGCGACGAACACCACCACCACCACCAACAAUAACAACAACAACAACAACAACAACCGGCGCUCCGAGGCUGAGGAGCAACUCCUGCUCAAAGAGUGGGAUUUCACCCGUUUCUUCCAAGGUUUUAACGAACGAUUGGACAAAAUGAAACAGCAAGAAUCGUCGCAAGAGUCGUCCUCGUCGAGCGCAGAGGCGAACAACAAGCCCCCCUCCUCGGUUAACGAGAAUCACCUCUCCUCCUCCUCGUCCGCGGAGAAAACGUUAAAAAGGCAGGAGCAAUUGUCGUCCCGCAGAAAGUACGAUAAUCAGCAACAGCAUCACCAAAAGCAUCAUCAGCAGCAACAGCAGUUGAAAGCGGUGCACAGACGGCAGGAGAGCGACUCGAAGCUUGGCAACACGUCGAGCGCCUUUGCGCGCGCGUUCCGCCGUGAGAAUUCCGACUUUUUCCCAUCCGCGAGGCACUCUGCAUACUUGCAGAAGUCGGACUCCUCGAGAUCGAGCAUAUUCUCGAGCGGUAACAGGCGUGGCAGCGAGAUAAGCGUUGCCGGUAUCGCCGGGAAAAAGGGGAGCGCUGUGAGCGCCGGUGAACCGGUCCUUACAGACUUCUCGUUCGGUCGUUCAGAUGGCGUUCAGAGGCCUAGAAGGGAGAAAACCGAGAGCGAGAUCGUUUUUGGUAGUAGGCACGAGGCAAGAAGGCUCGACUUUGGACGCGAUAAAGAUGACACCGCGAGGAGGCGAUGUUGUAGGCCAUCGGAUGCGGUUUCCGCCGCGGUUGACGAAGCGGGAACGAUUAAAUCUACGGCCAGUACAACGGCUAGCGAGUACAGCCCCAUUGUCACCCAGGUCAGUCCCCCCUAUCAGCCCUGCCUGUGUGCUUGCCUGACAGAUAUAUAUAUAAAAAAUAAAUGGGAAGAAAGGAUGGGAAUGGAAACCAUUAAUUCAGUGCUGUCCAUUGAAGGUACAUUAAGUAGAGGAUUUCUAGAUCUCACAAAAUUUAUGAUUUGGAUCUAA